UAUCGUACUAGGAUGUAUAAGCAACAUGAUUAAGAAGUGAACACGUGUCCAUUUUACUAUACGUGACAAUUUUUUUGUUUUUCUAACAGUCAUGGUGACCUUAGGAUUUGACGACCCUCUGUUUGCACAGUUUGCUUUCUAUUCCGUCUUGCUGAUUCUGAAGACAUUAGCACUCGCCUUGCUGAUCAUUAGAAUUCGCAUCAAAAGAAAGGUGUUUACUUUUCCAGAGGACUGUUCACAACUAAUUGUUGGGAAACAUCAUCUUAAACCCACCUCAGACGAUGCUUACAUUAAGAGACUGCGGAGAAUGGAAAAUUUGAGUGAACAAAGUGUUGAUGUCAGUUCAAAUGGGAAACAUUCAGAGGCCAGCAAUUUAGCAGAUGGCAUCUUAGAAGGAAUACCUGUGACAUCAACCAAUGGCUUCCCUGAUUCUAGAGCUGACAUGAACAGUGAAAUACCUGCAAUACCAAAUACAACUCAAACAGAUACUAUAGGAGCAGUAACUCUGAUCACAGAUACACAUGUGACAACACUGUCGGACACACAAGUCAUGACCCAAGAUCUGGAACAUUUCAUGCAACAAACACAGGAAUCUAUGUUGAUGACCACUUCUGAAACAAAUGUUGCAGACAAAUCGGAAGAGGGUCCUGUUGUCCAGCAACCAGAAUCAAUUGCAGAACCAGUUGGUGAUAUUGAAGAUCUUGUCAGCACUAACGUCCUUAUACAUAACACUAGUGGAGAUAUAGUCCCUAUUGUGCAAACACCAGAAGUUGAAAAAGAGGAAACUGAAGAAGUUGAAAAGGUGGAAGAAGUGGAACAAAGUGAAAUUACACAAGAAGUAUUGGAGGAAAAUGAAACUGCACCAGAGACUCCGGAUGCUCUGGAAGAAUUCAUCAUGGAGCGAGACACUGGAGAAAGUGAAGCAGUUAUGGAAGAAAAUGAAGAAGAUCAGCAGGAGCAGAAUACUGAAAGUGAGAACAUUGGUGAAGUGGAGUCCCCAGAAGAUGGUGUGGAUAUUGAUGAUGAUAAAAUGGAGGAAGCAGUAGAUGAAGAGCUGGGGACAGAAGAGAAUGAAGAGGAAGCAGAGGAGAAUGAAACUGUUCAUAUAUCUGAAACAACAGAAGGGGAGGUAGAAGAGGAACCUCAGGAGGAGGAGGAGGAGUUAAUAGAGGAUAAUCAAAAACAGAGUGAGAAAACUUUGAAAACUUACCCCAAACGUAGAGGAAAGUUGAAUAAAGAGACUGAUGAUGAAGAGCAGACUAUUCCUGAGGAUGAUGCAAAGGACAUAGGGCAGUCAAGCAGAGGGAGAGGUAGGAAAUCAAAAGCUGCAGAAUCUGUUCAAGAUUCAUCUGUGUCAGAUAUAUCAGAAUCCAAACCUAGAGGACGUGGAAGGCCACCGAAGGAAAGUAAACCCACAGAAAGUAAACCCACUGCAAGUCCAGCUGUGAGUGAUUCUGAACCUAAAAAGAAGGGACGUAGGUCAUCUUUAAAAGAGGUAGCUGUUGAGGACAGCACAGAGAAAGUAACACCAUCUAAAGGUAGAGGAAGACCCAAGAAGAACCAAGCAGAAGAGGUGGAGGAGGGCACACCAGAAAUCAAAUCUACAAAACGGGGAAGAGGAAGGCCCAAAAAACGUGUUGAAGAGGAAGAGGAGGAGGAAGAGAUGGAAGAGGAAGAAGAGAUUGAGGAAGAAAGAGAGACAGAGGAGGAAGAGUCUGUGAAAAAAGGCAGAGGAAGACCAAGGAAAAAGGUACAGGAGGAAGAGGAGGAAGAAGAACCUGUAAAAAAGGGAAGAGGACGACCCAAAAAGCAGGCAAAAGAAAUUGUGGAAGAAGAGGAGGAGGAAGUAGAACCUGAAGAGUCUAAGUCAGUAAAACGAGGAAGAGGUCGACCUAAAAAGCAGACAGAAAGUGAUGUAGAGAUUACUCCAAAGAUAACAAGAAAAACCUUAAAAGAGGAACCAGCAACUCCUCGCAGUGAAGCUAAGAAGCGUGGACGGGGGAAAAAGAAUCAAAAUAUGGAAAAGAAUGAGGAUUUGAAAAUGGAGGUUGAUGAUGUUCCUAUUGAGCUAAGUGAAAAUGAGGAGGAGGAGGAGGAAGAAGAAGAAGAAGAGAUCGUUGAGGUCAAAAAAAGACGUGGCAGACCUUCAAGAUUUGGAGAUGAAAAGACCCCAAAAGGAAGAGGAAGACCAAAGAAAGGAGACAGUGAAGAAAAAACUCCAAAAAGAACACCAACAGCUACAGCAACACUAUCUAAAAAACGUAGUAGAGGAGAUGAAGAAACUGAAUCUCCAGAAUCUUCUACAGAUGAUGUUCCUACACCUGCAAAGAAGCAGAAGGGACAGACAACUGAUGCUUCAACAUCAGAUGCCUCGACAGGACCUAAUGUUGCUUCAAUCAAAUUUGAACAACCUGAAGCAGGAUUAUCAUCGAAGACUCACACUUUGUUGAAAGAGCCCACACAAACUGCCCUGCAAUCUGGAGAUGUAUAUGACUUUGACCAAAUUGACAUUGAUAAUAUCAUGACAGCACAGCCUGGGACAUCAAAGGAUGUGUCUCAAGGCACUCAAACCAAUUUUGUUGAGGUUGAGUUAAUUGAGGAGUCUCCAGGAAAACGAUCAGUCUUGACACAAACGGACCCAAGAUUGAAGAAAAAGAAGUUUGGUCCUGUUGGUCAAGACAUGGAGACAAGCAUUGAUGAAGAAUUUGACUCCCCAAAGAAGAGAAGGGGGAAAAGGGAGGAAGAUGUGGGAUUAUUUGAAGAGAUGGAAAACAAAAGGAGAGGUAUCAGGAAUACUGAAGAAGCUCUGAAUUGUCCAUUUUGUGACAAGGCCUUCAUAGGGUUAGUUAAACACAUCAAAGGGAAACAUAAAGAUGAAACUGAUUAUGAGGAGGAGAUGAGAAAUGCCAAGUGGAGAGAAAAAAUUAUGAGAGUUUCAGUCCAGGGCAAUGUUGAUGAAGGGGAACAAUGCCCAGAAUGUGGAAAAGUAGCCAAGAACAUCAAGAGACACAUGGAGCUCCAUCAGCAGAAUAGAAUGCAAAUUCCUUGUCCAAUUUGUGGAAAGGUGGUGCUAAAAACAGGGAUGAGUUCCCACAUGAGAACUGUCCACUCUGGACGGAAGCCCUAUAAAUGUCCUCAUUGUGACUAUGCUUCUGCAUUUAGAGGUAAUCUAAAUACACAUAUGAAAGGAAUGCAUUUGCAUACCAGGCAAUACCUUUGCAAUACCUGUAAAGCUGCUUUUAAGACACUAGGAGCCCUAAUUGGACACACCAAGAGAGUUCAUGAGGGCUGGAAGUCUCCCAAUCAGAAAAUCUUCAUCUGUUCAGUGUGUGAGAAGCGAUUCACUAAGAAAUACCAUGUGGAUCGUCACAUGUUGAUCCACACUGGAGAGAAGCCACACAAAUGUGGAGAUUGUGGAAGAUGCUUCAACAACAAAUCUAACCUAAUGUCUCACAUUCAGUUGGUCCACAAGAAACUGUCACCCUACCAGUGUGACAUGUGCCAUGAAACAUUUAAAAGGAAGAAAAUGCUUUUGGAGCACAUAGGUAGGGUUCAUGUAACUGCAGGUGAGGCAGCACAAGCCAUCAUCCGAAAGUUUGAGCUUACUGAAGAAGUGGAGGAAGAUGACAUCAUGCCAGAUGAUGAAUCAGAUAUGGAAGAGCAAGGAACUGAGGGACAGAUUGGAGAUGGACAUACCUUUGUGGCAGUAGCUGGAUCAGAAGGAGACUACCACACUGCUGUGGUUAGUGAUCCAACUCAGAUCUUGGCGGGUCAAGCCUUGACUACUCUACAAAGUGAUUCUGGUCAAGAAACUAUCAUCAUUGUUCAGAGUGCUGAUGGGAGUGAGAAUGCAACCCAUGCCAUAGUGGACCAGGAUGGAACUGUCCAGUACAUCAUGCAGCAGCCAGAUGAAGUGCAGUCUGCAGGAGGGGAGCAGGCUUACUCGGAGAUCCAGCAGUAGACUGAAUUAUGAUUUCUUAUUGGCAGUGAGAGUUCUGUGAAUGAGAUGUUUUUGAGGAAAUGAAGCUUGUACAUGUAUUAAUUAGAAUUCUGUGCAUUGUAGAAUGUAGAGAAAGGAUAUUCAGUAAAAUUGCAUGGAAGGAGUGAGAAAAUUAUACAUGUUACCCUUAGAACAAACUGUUGUGCAUAAUACUAAACUAGAUGUUGUACGAAUAUCAUGUUAAUGGUUUGAGACUAUAAUCAUGUUUGAGUCUUACUGCAAUCUUGAAAUGAUCAUUUGUAGCUUGGAUUCAUUUAGAUUUGUCAUUAAUUUGAAGUAAACAUUAUUGUAUAGGAUGAUAUACAUGCUUUUUUUGUUUUGUUCUUUGUAGUGCUUUAUAGUAUCUAGUUUAAAUGUGAUUUCCACCUGAGUUAUUUCUAUGUAUUUGACUAAAGUGUAUGAAUGUGUGGCACCCUAAAUGAAAUAGAAUUUUACACUAUCACAUUGAUGUUCUAAAUGAUUUUUUGUUUUUUAUAUAAUGUGAAAUUGUUUAUUAUUUUAUGAGGUUUAUCUCUUAAUCACUUUAAGAGUAAAUUUGAGUCUCGCUACUAUUGAAGCAUAAACAUUAGAAUUCCUUUUACCAAGAUUAUUAUAACACCCAGAAUAAAAUCUAAGUUACUACUUACUUUAUGUUCAUUAUGUAUUGAACAUGUACUUUACUACAUUUAAUUCAAAUAAACUACAACUUAUCCAUGGGCCUGACAGGGAACAGACAUUGGGUGCAUUUCUAUAAUUGUUAUCAGUUCUUCUCUGACUUGUUUGAUUUUUUUGUAUGUUGCCUGCCUAGCUGUUGUCUCAUUGGUAAGCUAGUCUUCUGGAUAAUAUGGAUCUGAUCCUUGCCUCUUAGAAGUUCAUUCCCAUGCUUCAGUAAUUCUAAUUGUUUGUUAUUCUGAUAUACUGAGGAGUAUUGUUCCUUGUAUACUGCCCUGUUUCAUUGUUCAGUUCGUGAUAGAAGAUACAGUAAACGGGAUUCCUUUAAAUGUGGAAAGACCAAUUGAAAUUGUGGGUCUUCUUUUUUUCUUUUCUUUUUUGUCAAUAGAUUCCCAUUGAUUUCAUCAUGCAUGUAUAUACAGUAAGGAUAAGUUCCAGUCCUUUCCAGAAUUAACAUGGGGACUAUGACAUUUAAAGAGAACCUUUGGAAUGAAGGAUUUGGACCUUUUAUUUAAAAUUAUAAAGGACCGAUAGGAUACAUGAUAAAUAUAUACAUGUAAACUAUCCCAUAGCAGGUCAUAACUGUGCUUUUAGGUUGUAAAUAAUGCUUGUAAAGUGAAUUGCAUGUAGAGCAUAUUUACACUGAUCAGAUGUGUAAAGAUUUUUGCUAGCAUGAAAUAAACAACUACAUACUUGACAUCACUUUUGUGUGUCUUUAAGUCAGCCCAGUUCACAACCCUUUGCAAAGUUUUAUACAAUAAAUUACAUAACAAAACAACUGUAAUUAAAUGGUUAAACCCCAAUGUUGUAGUUUCUAAUCUGUGAUGAUUGUAUAAGAAACAAUGCCAAAUCUAGGAAAUAUUUUCUCUACACAUCCACAGUCUUGUUUAUUAAAUAAAAGUUUUUAAAAAAAACAGCUGUUAUAAAUUUGCAUUUUUGUUUUCAGAAAUGUGUACCAUCAUGUAGAAAACAAAUCCAUUUACGUUUGAAGAAAAAUGUUUCUUGCUGCGAUUAAAACUUUGAAAACAUU